AGCACAGUAUCCUCACUAGUCUUCGCAGAGGAGCAACAUUUCCUCUGUCCAGAUCUCAUUAUUACGGGGAAUAUGGUCUGGAAUGGAUUACGCCAUUCUUGUAAUAAAGUUGAUAAAAUAUGGAAUACUUAUGCGAAUCUGCCAGUUAUUCUGCGGAGAGACGACCAACAAGUGGCAAGUUCGUAGAACUCCAUGUGCUGUAUGUACCUGAUAAACAAUGGAAUUCCAAACUCAAUACAGUGCCCGUAGAGGCCAUAGAGAACUUCAUAUCUGCUGGAUUUAUCAGGCUGUAUCCUGAUAUAAGCCUUACAACUCUCAGAGAAGAGCUUGUUAAUCUCUUGGGCCCAGAGAAGAGUAUUGACAAGUUCUCCUUCCUGAAAUGUGUGGGUCGGAGUUUGGCAUUGGUCAAAGCCAAACAAGAGAGAUAUCUAAAAGUUAAAUCAUUUGCUCCCCCUUAUGCUCCUCAGCCAGAGCUAUUUCUGUUGCCCAUGGAGAAUGACGGCAGUGUUUGCUCGCAGUCCCUCACCACAGACACUCACAGCUAUUUCACAGACCCCCGGACUCCUUCCACAGACCCGCCCAAGAAGCACAGCGUUCCUCCCAGGGCAACAAAAGAGCCUGUUAAAUUACCCCAGAUACCCCAGAAUUCCCGGCAGCAGCCCCCUCCUCCCCCCAGCCCUGAUGAAGAGGAGGAAGACAGUUACAGUUUCACAGACUCAAAUGAGGAGGAGCCCCCCUCCUCUUCCCAGAAGCCUGGGUGGCCUGAUAAUGAGCCCUCCCUAAGAAAGACACAAGGGACAUAUUUCAAGCCUAAAACAGAGGCUAAAGAACCUGUCCCAGUCCAGGUCACUGAGGCUGAUGCUAAAGCUGAAAUCACCAGCAAGAGGAGGCAGAGAGGUCAGAGAAACCAAACUAGAGAUUCAGGUGUCCCUGAGUCUUUGGAAGGCCGUGAUUCUGACUUCUCUCUCACCCAAGAAAGGUUUCGAAAAUCUCAAAAUAUCCAGACACUGAAGUACAUGAGGAAUCAACCAAAAAGUGUGCUCCUUGAACAUUCAGCCCUGUUGUCUGCACCUGCUCAAUACACCUCUCCGCCCUUGCCACCUACACUGGCUAUGGACACUCAGAAAACUUCUUCCCAUGUCUUUCCAACAAGUAGGGAUGAGCUGAUUGAGGAAAUCAAGUUGGUGAAAGAUGAAAGAAAGCAGCUUGAAUGGACAAGACAAGAGUUGCUAAGAAAAGGAAAAGAUUUAUUGGCUCAGAACAGGCACCGAAGAAAUCAAGCGCGUGACAGUUGGAAGAAGAGGUAUUUUGAAACCAAAAAAGCCACAGCACCUUUGGAGGGAACUCUGAGAAAUAUUCGUCAGGAACUGGAGACAUUCUACAACAAGCUGCUCCACCAGUUACAGGCAAGAGACUGGAGAGGCAGAGCCAGGCGCCAGGGCCGAUCGUCAACCAAAAACGAGCUCAUCAUUCAGAUCAUGACAGAGAGCCAUGAGAUUGACAACCUGAAAAGGAAAGUGGAUGAUGCCAAGAUGAAGCUUGUCACCGAGAUAAAGUUAAGGAAGCAGGCUGCAAUGGAACAACGGGCCCUGAGAGCUGAGCUGGCUCAGAAGAAGACCCAGACAUCUCUCUCUGGACCCAGAUAGGACCAAGCAAACCCAGAGCACCCCAGCCUGACCCCUUUCAUGGACCCCUUAAUGGUUUUAGGCUUCCAAACAGGUGGAUAGCAGCAAGCGAAACAGGCCCAAAGACAACUCACGCACCCAUUUGCAGUGAACCUUACCCACAAUUGAUAUACCAGCAGUUGGCUACAACUACUUUUUUGUAGUCUUCCAUUUCACAUCUUGAAAGCUUUGUGGUGGUGGUGGUUGCCAAGUUUUGUACACAUUUAUUCUCCAACUCACUUUUUGAGCAUUAUAUUAAAGCAUCUCCUUGCAUUGAUUCCUGGAGAAUCCUCAAAACAUAAUUCUAUAUACUGUAUGUAUAUAAUUUAUUGAUAACAAUGGUUUCAUGGCAAUUUUCUCAGUGAUUAUCAUUGAGAAAUUCAAAAACAUUUUAGUUUAAACUGAAUUAUCAUAUAAAGAAAUGUAUGUACCAUAGUGGUUCAGUCAAUUCCCUGCUCUUCUUGAGAAUGUUUUACAAUUGCAAUAAAAACAGCAAUAAUACAACUUGA